AUGCAGAGCCUGGAAACCUUGCGUAGCGGUGGCUACCGUGGUCUUGGCCUACAGAAGCUGAAGCUCGCUGGCCCCCUGAGCGAGUUUCCCUCAGAGAUUCUUCAACUCGCCGAUACGCUUGAGCAUCUGGAUCUCUCUGGCACGGGGCUUUCCACUUUACCUGACAGCAUCGGUCAACUGCGUAAGCUCAAGAUUGCCUUCUUCUCGGACUGCAACUUCAAAGCCUUUCCCAAGCAGCUGGCACAAUGCCCGGAACUCGAAAUGGUGGCCUUCCGCUCCAACGGCAUGAGCACCAUCCCGGAGGAUGCUUUGCCCCGUAAGCUGCGCUGGCUUAUCCUCACCAACAACCACAUCGAAAACCUCCCGAGAAGUGUUGGCAAAUGCGCGCGUCUUCAGAAAUGCAUGCUCGCAGGCAAUCGCUUGAAAAACCUGCCCGACGAGAUGUCUGCGUGCAAGAAGCUCGGCUUGCUUCGUCUUUCCGCCAACGAUUUCAACCAUCUGCCACCCUGGCUUUUCAAGCUGCCUGAGCUGGCGUUCUUUUCGGUGGCUGGUAAUCCAUGCUGCGCCAUCACCCUCGAACACGAAGUGGCUCAGCUUCGCAAAGUGGGUUGGCAUGAUCUAGAGGUCGAAGGUUUGCUCGGCCACGGAGCUUCGGGUGACAUCUUCAAAGCGAGAUGGAUGUUGGCCGACUCCGUCGUAGAGGAAGUGGCCAUCAAGCUGUUCAAGGGCGAAGUAACAAGCGACGGGACACCUCUCGAUGAGAUGUCAGCUUGUCUCGCAGCAGGAUCGCACAAGAACCUAAUCAGCACACUGGCAAGCAUUGAUGGGCACCCAGAGAAGCAUGGCCUCGUUAUGCAGCUCAUACCGCCCCACUACCAGACUCUGGGGCUUCCUCCUUCCCUGCAGACCUGUACGAGGGACCGCUAUGAAGACGGGAGAAAGCUGCCGCUGGACACUGUUUUGGAGAUUCUUGCUGGCGUUGCAGCGGCAGCUCUCCACCUGCACGGUCGUAAGGUAUCCCAUUGCGACUUUUAUGCCCACAACAUUCUCUUCAACGAGGCGGGACAUGCCCUGCUCGGUGACUUUGGAGCGGCGACGGUAUAUGAAAAUCUCAACGGCCUCGACUUUGAGAGGUUGGAGAUUCUUGCCUUCGGUCAUCUAGUUGAGGACCUCUUGGGAGUAACGGGCCCGGGCCAUUUGGAGAUGGACAAGAAGCGGCGGACGAUCGAGGGACUACAGCAGCUGCUUGCUCGAUGCUCGACCCCUGUGGUCGGAGACAGACCGCGUUUCGUGGAGGUUGUGCAGAUACUUGAAGAUUUGCAUUGA